AUGAUCGCGAUUGAAGCAAUCGUCCGUGGAAUCGAAACCCUACGAAGCAAGUGGCCAGGAGAGGUGUUGAAAGGGUUCUUGACCAAUUUGGAGCAAUGCCAAGAGGAGGAUAGCCAUUGUCGGUCUCUGUAUAGCGCGAGAACACAACGAGUAAUGGAAGAAUUCGUUCCAGAUGAUGAAGUGCAUCAUACUUUUCCCUCUGAAGCCGAAUUUCGAAGAUAG